CCUUCUCCCCCAGUUCCAUUCUUAUCUGAGGAAGGAAGUUUCUGCCAACGGUUGCCCAACUUAACAAUCAGCUCGACCAGAUUACCGGGGUGUUCCUGCCCGACGGCAGUGUUGAGAGCAGCAUGACGCACGCCCCAAUCGAACAGGGUCAUCGCAGCCCUCAUCACCGCUUUCCGAAAGGGGAAUAGUCGCUCAACGAAAACGCCAGGGGGUUGAGACCGAGCCCGGGUUUUUUCCUCUGAUCUUGGAACCGGGGGCAGGAAGGGAGGGGCUUGCCGAGGACAAGCACACACCGAAAAGGAAGUGAGGGGCUUGCCGAGGACAAGCACACACCGAAAAGGAAGUGAGGAUGGACGGGACCAAGGUUCUGGGGCCUGAGCCACCCGGGAUGCCUCGGUCGGCCUCUACGCCUUGCCUUCCCUCCCGGCUGCUGGCCGAGGGAAAAUCGGACUUGGCAUUGUUUCCUUCGGUUACUCGUGUUCACUUCUCUUUUCUCUCCCCAAGUCUCAAGCCCGUUUCUCCAAAAUACUUCAUUCCCCCACACAUUCUUCUUUCCUACCUAUGUACGGGGCGUGGGAGCUCGGCCUGUCAAGACAAAAGAGCAAGCCACAAAAAAGUCAACAAACUGCGGCUGUACAUAAUAUGUGACAAUAAUAGUGCAGUACCCACCGCCCUAUCAACGCCCCCACCUAGUAUGGCCAAUGCUCGUGUCCCCCUCAGUGGGAGGUGCAAUGUACCGGUAAUGCUGCUAUGCCUAUCCAUCCUUCCGCCCCAUCCCCUGGUAGCCGAUGGGGAAUCACAUGCCAAAUAGACUUCCAUUUGUUUCUCUUCCCCUCGUGCCUGUUUCUCUGGGGUCCCACGAAGCUGAUCGUCGCAUGGG